CAGCUCAGCUGAUUCAUGUACAAUGUCCGCAUCCUAUGUUAGCGCAAACAUCCACCCAUUACAUGAAACCGCGGCACACACAUGUUCGCCAUGCAUACUGUGUAUGGCACAUGCAGUCCUUUUUAAAGGAGCAAACAUACACGAUUUACCCCUUGCAUGCCGCCUCUCACAUCUGUCUGAUUACCUUGGUGCACCGUGCAGCGAUGUGUCGGACACACUUCAGCACCGUGCUGGUGGACAGCUUCUCCAGCGCUCACUGAGAAAAUGUGGAUAUCUCCCGCGCGCCGCUGCAGUUACCGCGUGCAUCCGCUAGGGCGCACCUGAAGCUUCAACACGAAUGCCCUCACAUCAUAGCCGAAUGCGUCAACCACACGGUAACCAGCUAGGGGCAUCUCACCAGUACAAACCCCGCCGUGUUAUCGGGGCCUAAAGCAAGAGGGUACAGUGCAAGAAGAAGAACACUUACGCAGCCUGGCAGACAAAGACAGUUCCGUUUCAUUCAAAGCAAUGGGGUUCACACGCUUUGCUGUGAUGCUUUCUGUCACCAUGAUCCACCUAGUUUCAGGUAUGAGCUUCAUGACUCCUGAGCCUGACACACCACCAACAUCAACCCCUGAGUCUUACCCUCUGGGUGACCUGAUCCAUGCUGCCCUGCAGAGUAAGGAAUACUUAGGAGAGGCUUCUGCAAGCACAGGUACGACCACCAACCCGACACAGGCUGUGCCAGGGCUUGGGCAGAGCGAGUCGACAGCAACAGUCAUAUCCCCGGGGCUGCUCACCACAGCUUUCAGCUCCUCUUCUGCUGCCAGCCAGACCGGAUCAAGGACCCCCAUGUCCUCACUGCCCAUGGAGGAGGAGACAACCACUACUCUGAUCACCACCACUACCAUAACAACAAUGCACAUGCCAGUUCAAUGCAAUGCGACCUUGUCAGCAAUGGAGGAUGUUGUCGAGUCACCAGAUUCUGCUUCAUCAUCCUCAACUUUUUCCCCUCUGGAAUGCACAUACAGCAUUACUGUAUAUCCAGGAUAUGGAGUGGAAAUUCAGGUGAGGAAGGUGAACCUGUCUAAGAAAGAGUCUCUGACCAUCAUGGGUCAUGGAGGUUUGGGACCUGAGCUGUUAGCCAAUGAGACCCUGAUGAGGGAGGGUCAGGUGAUUCGCAGCACAACCAAUCAGGUGUUCAUACACUAUCGCAGCCUUCGACAGUCCAACCACGGCGUGUUCAGCCUCCACUAUCAAGCCUUCCUGCUGUCCUGCCCGUUUCCUCAGUCUCCUGAGAAAGGCGGAGUGACAGUGACGGAUAUCCACCCCGGAGGCCAGGCACACUUCCACUGUGAUCCAGGUUUCCAGGUUCGCGGCCAUGAGGUGUCUACUUGUGUCAACACAACACAACCUCACUGGAGCACCUCUGAGCCACAAUGUGUCGCUGUGUCAUGUGGAGGGUGGAUACGUAAUGCAACAGUCGGCCGGAUUCUGUCUCCACCCCCUCCAUCUGUCAGCAACCACAGCAAUGGAAAUAACCUGAGCUGCCACUGGCUGAUAGAAGCCAAAGAGGGGCACAAACUCCACCUACACUUUGAGAGGAUCGCGCUGGAUGAAGAGGAUGAUAAGUUAAUAGUGCGCAGUGGAAACAGUUCCCUGUCUGCACCGCUCUUUGACUCAGACCUGGAUGAUGUCCCGGAGCGUGGGCUGCUGAGUGAGAGCUCCACGCUUUACCUGGAGCUCACCGCCGACUCUUCCUCCAUCCCUCUGCUCCUGGCGCUGCGAUACGAGGCUUUCGAUGAAGAACACUGCUGGGAGCCCUACAUGCCCCAUGGAAAUUUCAGCAGCAGCGACAUCACAUAUCAGCUGGGCACCACUGUUACCUUCACCUGCUCUCCAGGCUUUGUGAUGGAGCAAGGUUCAGGGACGAUUGAGUGUGUCGAACCCAGCAAUCCUCACUGGAAUGACAGCGAGCCUGUGUGCAAAGCUCUGUGCGGAGGGGAGCUGACGGAGUCGGCCGGCACAAUCCUGUCUCCUGAUUGGCCACAGAGCUACUCCAAAGGGAUGGACUGUGUAUGGCAGAUCCAUGGCAACGAGGAGAAACGCAUUGAACUGGAUGUCCAGAUUUUGAAUAUCCGCCAAACUGAUGUGCUGACCGUUUUUGACGGGCAUGACCUCACGUCCCAUGUGAUGGGACAAUACCUGGGAUCCAAGGAGCGUUUCCAGGUCUCGUCCGUGGGUUCAGAAGUCACCAUCCAGUUUCAGAGCGACCCCGAUGAUUCCAGUUUCAUCCUGAGUCAGGGAUUCCUCAUUCAUUAUCGUGAGGUUGAGCCAAACGACACCUGCCCAACUCUCCCUCAAAUCGACUUUGGCUGGAUCAGCUCGUCCCACUCGUCCCCCUUGAGAGGAAGUGUGCUGACCUAUCAGUGCCAACCGGGGUACGACAUCAGUGGAUCGGACAUCAUUACCUGCCAGUGGGACCUCUCCUGGAGCAGCAGUCCUCCUACGUGUGUCAAAGUCCAGCAGUGUCCAGACCCAGGAGAGGUGGUAAACGGAGCACGCUCAGUGCGUCCCGAGGCCGGUUUUGCAGUGGGGACAGUUGUUCGUUUCUCUUGUAACCAGGGUUAUCAGCUGGAGGGUCCAAGCCAGAUCUCCUGCCACGGACGAGACACCGGCACCCCCAAAUGGAGCGACCGCAGCCCCAAGUGUGUCUUAAAAUAUGACCCAUGCCCAAACCCUGGCGUCCCUGACAAUGGUUACCAAACCUUGUACAAGCAUAACUACCAGGCAGGAGAGACUCUGCGUUUCUUCUGUUAUGAGGGCUACGAACUCAUCGGCGAGGUCAUUAUCAGCUGUGUACCCGGCCACCCCUCUCAGUGGAACAGCCCACCGCCAUUCUGCAAAGUGGCAUAUGAGGAGCUUUUGGAUGAUCAUAAAUUAGAAGUGUCCCAGUCUUUCGAGCCGUCCCAUCAGAUCCUGAGUGAGAACAUUGCUUUGGCAAUAAUUCUGCCAAUAAUCCUGGUCAUCCUGCUGAUCGGAGGAAUUUACAUGUACUAUACGAACAUCUGCAGACUAGAGUGGAAGCCGCUCUUCUGGAAGUCUCUGUCUCACACACACUCCUACAGUCCAAUCACAGUCGAGUCCGACUUCAACAACCCUCUUUAUGAGGCAGGUGACACACGGGAGUAUGAAGUAUCAAUUUAGAGGAGAAGACGUCUCGGUGAGAGUUGAUAACCACAGAAAGAUUCAAUUCUUUUGGACGAGAAAUGUCUAAGUAUUAUAAGGCCUCACUCCCCUUUUAUCAUUAUUUUCUAACUUGUUUCUGUUUACCGUCACGGUAUCUCUGGUUUAUCAGUUUGUGGAAGUGCUUUAUUCUGAUUUGUUGCACUGAUGUGGUGAUUUGCCAAAUGUGGGUCCUACUUCACAGUCCAACUGUCUGUAUCACUAGGACUGGUGCCUUAUGACGGGUAAGAAAUGGAUAACAAAGGGAAAAAAUAGCAGUGUGGGAGGCAUAGGUUAAGUGUAAAAGGGUGUUGUUCAAAUGUAUUUAUUUAUUAAGUUAAAUUGUUAUGAGGCCAAAACAUCAGAGAACUUGGCAAUACUUUAUUUGUAACUGUCAGAAGUCAAAAGCAUACACACUGAAUGUUUUACUUUCAUCCUUACACUGAUUCAUUAUACAAAGUGUUACAGUAAAAGGGAAGAAUACUUUAAUUUCAAUCAUGACAAAAGUUUGAUCACCACCGUCAUUUUCUCUCUGUGUAACACACCCAUUUACACACACACACACACACACACACACACACACACACACACACACACACACACACACAAACAAACACAGAAA